CGAGAGGCCGUUCUGUCUAAUGAGCGAGGCCCCGAGGGCUCGGCCGCGGCUCCGGCGCAUGCGCACUCCGCCAGAUCCGGGUAUUUGGCAGGAUGAGAGCUGCUUUCCAAGAUGGCGGCGGAGGGAGGAGGGAAGGAAAUGAACGAAAUUAAGACCCAGUUUACCACCCGGGAAGGCCUGUACAAGCUCCUCUCUCACUCCGAAUACAGCCGCCCAAACCGGGUGCCGUUUAACUCGCAGGGCUCCAACCCGGUCAAGGUCUCGUUCGUCAACGUCAACGACCAGUCCGGUAACGGGGACCGAAUCUGCUUCAAUGUGGGCCGGGAGCUCUAUUUCUAUAUCUACAAGGGCGUCAGGAAGGUAACUGUGCGGCCGGCCGGGCCGGGGGUUUGGGCUGAGGGGGUGAGUAGGCCCGAGGGAGCGGGGCGGGCCACAGUCACCUGUCACAGGUCCGACCCCUCCUCCAUGCAGGGACCGUGACAUCGCCCCGUGUGGGGAGAGGGGGGCCGGGGCCACACUGUGUGCACCCUGCAAUGGAGGAUCAACGGGCAGGGCCUUCAUCCUGGAACAGCGGGGGGCAAACUGUGUCUGUACAGGGCGGCAUGGGCUGACAGUAUGGGGUAGGAAGGGCUGCCGGGUUCCUGGUACUGACAGCAGGGGGUAGGAAGGGCUGCAGGGUUCCUGGUACUGACAGUAUGGGGUAGGAAGGGCUGCAGGGUUCCUGGUACUGACAGCAGGGGGUAGGAAGGGCUGCAGGGUUCCUGGUACUGACAGUAUGGGGUAGGAAGGGCUGCAGGGUUCCUGGUACUGACAGCAGGGGUUACUAAGGGCAGCAGGGUUCCUGGUACUGACAGCAGGGGUUACUAAGGGCAGCAGGGUUCCUGGUACUGACAGCAGGGGGUAGGAAGGGCUGCAGGGUUCCUGGUACUGACAGCAGGGGGUAGGAAGGGCUGCAGGGUUCCUGGUACUGACAGCAGGGGGUAGGAAGGGCUGCAGGGUUCCUGGUACUGACAGCAGGGGGUAGGAAGGGCUGCAGGGUUCCUGGUACUGACAGCAGGGGGACUAAGGGCAGCAGGGCUGAAGUACUGCAGGGUUCCUGGUACUGGGCUGCAGGGUUCCUGGUACUGACAGCUGCAGGGUUCCUGGUACUGACAGCAGGGGGUAGGAAGGGCUGCAGGGUUCCUGGUACUGACAGCAGGGGGUAGGAAGGGCUGCAGGGUUCCUGGUACUGACAGCAGGGGGUAGGAAGGGCUGCAGGGUUCCUGGUACUGACAGUAUGGGGUAGGAAGGGCUGCAGGGUUCCUGAUACUGAUAGCAGGGGGUAGGAAGGGCUGCAGGGUUCCUGAUACUGACAGUAGGGGGUUGGAAUGGCUGCAGGGUUCCUGAUACUGACAGCAGGGGGUAGGAAGGGCUGCAGGGUUCCUGAUACUGACAGUAGGGGGUUGGAAUGGCUACAGGGUUCCUGAUACUGACAGUAGGGGUUACUAAGGGCAGCAGGGUUCCUGGUACUGACUGCAGGGGUUACUAAGGGCAGCAGGGUUCAAGGUACAGACAGCAGGGGAUUGGAAUGGCUGCAGGGUUCCUGGUACUGACAGCAGGGAGCAGGAUGGGCUGCAGGGUACAUGGUACUGACAGCAGGGGGUUGGAAUGGUUGCAUGGUUCAUGGUACUGCCAGCAUGAAGUAGGAAGGGCUGCAGGCCUUCAUGGUGCUGCCAGCAUGGGGUAGGAAGGGCUGCAGGCUUUCAUGGUGCUGCCAGCAUGGGGUAGGAAGGGCUGCAGGCUUUCAUGGUGCUGCCAGAAUGGGGUUGGAAGGGCUGCAGGCUUUCAUAGUGCUGCCAGCAUGGGGGUAGGAAGGGCUGCAGGCUUUCAUGGUGCUGCCAGCAUGGGGUAGGAAGGGUUUCAGGCUUUCAUGGUGCUGCCAGCAUGGGGUAGGAAGGGCUGCAGGCUUUCAUGGUGCUGCCAGCAUGGGGUAGGAAGGGUUUCAGGCUUUCAUGGUGCUGCCAGCAUGGGGUAGGAAGGGCUGCAGGCUUUCAUGGUGCUGCCAGCAUGGGGUAGGAAGGGUUUCAGGCUUUCAUGGUGCUGCCAGCAUGGGGUAGGAAGGGCUGCAGGCUUUCAUGGUGCUGCCAGCAUGGGGUAGGAAGGGCUGCAGGCUUUCAUGGUACUGCCAGCAUGGGGUAGGAAGGGUUACAGGCUUUCAUGGUACUGCCAGCAUGAAGUAGGAAGGGUUGCAGGCUUUCAUGGUACUGCCAGCAUGGGGUAGGAAGGGGUGCAGGCUUUCAUGGUACUGCCAGCAUGGGGUAGGAAGGGAUGCAGAGUUCCUAGUGUUCUCAGUUUGGUGUAGGAAGAGCUGCAGGGUUCCUGUUCAUAUGGGGUAGGAAGGGCUGCAGUUGGUGACCGUAAGAAACAUGAGUAGCAGCAGGGUCCUUGUUUCUAACUGAAUGAGUUGUGAGGAGCUGCAGAGUUCUUGAUGCAAAUAGUAUGUGGUAUGAGGGGAUGCUGGACUCCUGGUGCAGAUAGUAUGGGAUUUGAGAGUAUGCUGAUAACAUUUGGUGUGAAGAGCUGCAUGGUUCUUGGUUUAGGUAAUAAAGUAUCUGAAGGGAUGCUGGGUUUGUGGUGCUUUUAUAAUUUGGUAUGAGGAGCUGAUGCGAACCUGGUGCAGAUUGUAUGGAGUAUGAGGAGCUGCAGUGUUAUUGGUGCUGAUAGUAUAGGAUUUGACCGUAUGGUGUAUAAACAUUGCAGAGUUCCUGGUUUUUGCUGUUUGUGGAAUGAGGGACUUUAGUGCUGCUAAUGCUAACUACCUCCUUUUCUCAUUUCCCUAUUUUACCUUUAGAUUGUAAGCUCACGGGCAGGGCCAGCUGCAUUUUGUAUCGUCUGUUUAUAUUGUAUUGUUUUCCUAAAUGUACAGUGUUGUGGAAUAUGUUGGCGCUUUAUAAAUGCCUGUAAUAAAUUUAAAAACUACAGGGAUAUGGGAUUGGAGAAACUAUGGGUCUCCUGAGGAUGAACAUAUUGGAUUUGAAGGCCUGCGGGCUUCUUGGUGAUGACAGAGUAGAAUACGAGGUUCCCAGAGAUAACAGAAUGGUAUGUGAGGGACUGCAGGGUUUACCAGUGAUUAAAUUAUUGGAUCUUAGUGGCUGCACGAUUCCUGGAGCUGACAGUAUGGCUGAGGCACACUACAAGGUUGCAGUUGCUGACAUUGUUUGAUCUUGGUUUGCUUCAGGUUUCUUGGUGCUGACAAUAUGGUUAUGGCUGAUUCCAAGGUUCCUGGUGCAGAAAUUGUUGGAUCUUAGUGGCUGCAGUGUACCUGUCGUAGGAUCUGAGCAACUGUAAGGAUUCUGGUGCUCUCGUUGAGUGGUUAUGUGUGGUGUCUUGGUUCAUGAAGCUGUCAUUGAUUCGGAAUGUUUGGUGGCUUUGUGGAAAGCUGCAGCAAGGUGCUUUCUUUUUGGAAUUGUGAUCAUUUGCUUGGUUCCAGGUGCUUUCAGUGUUGGCUUGUGAGCGUUGGCAAGGUUCCUGGUAUUGUGAGUGGUGGUAAAUUUAAUGAUGCUGCCAUUAUAAGGCCGUGCGUGGUGGCAAGGGUCCUGGUGCUGUCAUUGUGGGCAUGUGAGUGGUGGCGAGGGUCCUGCUUGGGGUCCCUAAUAUUGUUAAUGGGGUGAUCUUGAGGAGCUGCUUUGUUCCCAGUGCAGUUAAAGGAUUACAUGCCUAUACCAGGUACUGUCAGUUUGGGAGUGGGUGUUUCAUGAGCUGUUUUAGGGGUGUGUAUUGUUAUGAUUUAUUUAUUAUUGUAUCAUAUCUGAAUACCUGCCUGGUUGCUACUUAUGACUGUAGGGCCUCUUCUGCAGGUUUUCUAGUGCUGUGAGUAUAGGAUCUGUGCAGGGAAGAUUAGUGUAGAAUAAAUUCACAUGUAUUAUUUACCAUGUAGUUUGUGUGUGCUCUUCUCUAAACCAUUUUUAACAGUGGAAUCUUGGCACUAUCGCCAAUAGAACUCCCUUAAAUAAUAUAAUAAUAGUAUAAAGAAUUUCCAUUGCCUUUUUGCAAGCCUCUUAUGGUGGGGGAAAAAAUAAAACACUUAGCUGGGUGUUUUUUAAGGCUUUUCCCUAUACUGUGACUGCGUGCAUUCGUGAACCAUGUUUCUGAAGAUGCUUAGCUAGCCUUGAGGAUUUAAUGAAGGUUUCUACUCUCAUGUGUAAAUGAAAAUUCCUAUUUAACCAUAACUCAUGAAAAAGUUAACCUGCAGGAGAACUGCUGUAGUGUCCUGAAACAAGAGAAUUUGUGAACCCUUUCUUUGGUUUUUUUAUAACUGCAGGCUUUUGCAUUUUACUUUUCGACUCGGUUAUCAAUUUCUUUUUGCAAUACGAAGCUGUCCAGAACAACUGUUAUAUUUUAAUUUGUAUUUUGCAUAUGGGCUUUAUAUGUCCGGUUAAAGUUAGUCUCCCUGAAUGCGUCUAUCACUUGCAGUUAUAUCUUUCAUUUACAGCUUAAAGGGACACUAUAGUCCCCCAGACCAGUUCAUCUCAUUGGAGUGGUCUGUAUGCAGUGUCCCUAUCCCCUUAACCCUGCAGCUGAAAAAAUAGCAGAAUUAGAGAAACUACAAUGUUUACAUUGCAGGGCUAAGACUGCCUGUAGUGACUGUCUCCUAGACAGCCAUUAGAGGCAAGUUUUGCUGUUUCACAUAGUUUAAUUCUGUGAAAUGGCGCUGGAGGACUUCCAGCAUCUUUUCAGUUUGGGUGGGGGGGAGGCGACAGAGUGACCCUGUUACAAUAUUGUUCCAGGACACGUCUGGUGCCAUAAGCACCCUUGAUUACAAUGCACAAAAAAAGUUGUUGUGCCAUCCUGUUCUUGGCAUUUCUUCUUUGUUUUCCAGUGUUGCUGGGGACCUGUGCAGCACCUUGGAAGUGGCUGAAAUAUUGCACAUGGUCUGUGUUUCCGAACGCACGGGAUCUUUUACACAGUGUUUUUUGCUUAACUUUUAUUUAAAGCAUUCUCAGAAGUUCUCUACGUGUGGAUGUUGUAGUAUGUCUGUCUGUCUGAUGCUGUAGUUGGAGCCAGCUACUACUGGUUUACAGCAGCUUACCUGGUCGGCUCUUACUCUUUCAUUGUUUAUUGUUAAAGAAUGGUGUUCUGGGGCUGCUAGUCUAUUCCUUUUGUGAUACAGUUUAGAGUGUAUUUAGCAAAUAGUCUGGGUGCACUGUCCCCUUUGCACUCAGUGCUGCAAUGUAAAACAUUGCAGUUUCAUAGAAACUGUAAUGUUUACAUUGUAGCUCUAAGUCUGCCCUCUGUGGCUGUCUGCCAGACAGCCAUUAGAGUGCUUCCUGAAUUGAAACGGAUCUUUGAUCCAUUAUCUGACGCUGGACGUCCUCACGCUCCAGCGUCAACCCCCCCCCAUAGGAAACCUUAAUUCAAUGCUUUCCUAUGAGGAGGUAUAAUGCGCAUUUGCUGCGCAUUAAACUCCGUUCAUCGCUAUGUAUUCCUGGCACUGCGGUCUUUAAUGACCAAAAAAUGUCCAGUCCUUUUCAUAAAGAAUGUGUAUGAGAAUCCUCUGUGUGAGCCCAUAAUAUAAUAGGGGACAUCCUGGAGCAUGGGCCAACUUGCAUCUUUUUGCAGAACAGAUGUGAUAAGUGUAAGAACUAAAAUUAAGUGUAUAAUGGGGCAUAUGAAAUUUUGUGUGUCAAUGUUAAACCAAAAUCUGCACACCAGUCAAGCCAUAAGACUUGCUUUUCCCUCCAAACAUUAAUAGCCAACCAGUAACCAACCUAGUGCUGAUGAUUUGCAUUAACAAUGAAACAGCUGUCCAUUAGUGGUUCACUGGCUUUGCAUCUUUUCCUAAGUUGUUACAAAGCUGUUGUAUACAGCAAACAGACUCAAAAGAAUCCAUUUUUAAAAUGGAAUGAGGCAAAAAUUUGAUUUUGUUGAACUAAUUUGCAUAUGCCCACCCAGAAUCCUUAGCGCUAGUAACAUCACUGCAAAUUUGUGAAUUCUGUGGGAAAAGCUAGUCUUAUGGCUUGACUGCUUGUGCAGAUUUUUGUUUAACAUUGUAUUAACUAUCCACAGGCUUCAAGGGGGUUUUCAAUCACAAUUUCUUCCUCACCAUAACUCGUAAAUAAAUAAAAAAAUAAAUAAAAUAAAAUAAAAAAAAUAUAUAUUUUUUUUUGUUACAGUAAUUACUUUAUAAUUUAAUAUUCUAUCUUUUGUUCUAUUACGUGGGAUUUGGUAAAUGAUGUAUGUGUCUAACAAAUGGCAUUCUGCUUCAAACCAUGUGCAGUUAAUAAUAACUAUAUAUCUUCUGUAAGGAUGGAGUCAUGGUGCCUAAUAUCUGUGUAGGUUGAUUUUAAAAGUUUAUGUAAAUUUAUAUUCAUUGUAAAUGUCUCAUUUUGUGAGUAUCAGAAGUGGGAAUAAAUACGUUUUGCUGGAAUAGAGAAAUUUAAAGAGAUACUGUACUGUUUGUGACGUUCUUUUGAAAUAAAUACUUUGGUCUAAUUUGAUUUCCAGAUUUACAAAUGAUAAAGGCCUCUCUGUAGGCCGAAACGUUGUCCUUUUUGUUCCUGCCUUUGUGCCACCAUCCUGAGUGCCUGGACCUAAUUUCUUUUAUCUACUAAACUCGGUUUUGUCCGCCCUGAUAAGCACCUGGAUUGCUAAGUGUGAUUGCGGUAUCCUCCGUUUGUGAAUUUUUUAAAAAAUAGCACAUAUACUUACCUUUAGUCCACUGCAAUCUCCUGCAGCAAUCCGCCCCUUAUGUUAUCAAGUCACAGGACAUUGGUCCAAUCAAAUGCUUCUCCUUUAGAAGCAUUGUGGAAACUACGCACAAGCAUGUCUCUUGUGGUGAUCCGCCUGUUUGCAUAUGCGUAUUGUGUGUGGGUUCGUGGAAAAAAAAGGUGAUUGUUGAGCUCACUAGUUGACUCGCAGAAGCCCAAAACCGUUGACAUCAGCACACUAGGCGUGCUGACAGCCUAAGAAUUCAUACGAGAGCCAGAAAAUUACAUUCCUGGCUCUUUAAUUCAGAGGGCUUGGAGGCGCUGUUUCAAACCUUUGACCAGCUGAACUAGAUUGUGGUUUUUGGGGAGUCAUUUUCAGCCAAGGGCAUCCUGGAUUUUCAUUUUGGUGCAUCCCUAAUGAAAAUAAAAUGUAUGCCUCAACAUAUCAGAAUUAGUUUUUCUCUAUAGUUAUUGAAAAGCUGCCUGUACCUCAUUAGUAAUUUCAUAACAUAGAAGAUUUCUAGUGGGUCAUUCCAAAUCUUCAAGCGAUUCAAUGUGAUCUUAUUUAAUUUUUCAGAUACAGUAAAGUGCAUGGAACUAAUCAGAUCAGUUCUCUGAAUCUUAACUUCUGAUUGGUUGCUGGCUUUUCUGGCCAGUUACAGGACUGCCAUCACUACCUUGUAUAUCUUUUAAACAAACCUGUUAUUGCAUGGGUAGAAGCAGGGGGUGGAAAUGCAAGAUUAAAGGGAUUCUCCAGAAAAAAAACACUUUAACUUGCUCAAAAACUUUUUUUUUUAAUUUUUUUUUUUUUUGUGUGUGUGUGUGUGUGUGAAGUGUUUUCAUAUUGGAAAUAGUGCAGAUUUCAAUAGAAAUUUACACUUUUAUUUAUUUUUUUAUAUAUAUACUGGUUACACCCCCCUGGCUUUUCAAGCAGACAACAGGUACUGUUACUUACUGUAGAAAAAGAAAGAAGGGGGUGAAGGGCUGCGCUAAAAAAUGUAAAAUAAGUGGAUAUUAAAAUGAUAUAAUACAAAUAGAAUAAACAGUAAAAAAGAUAAUAAAUAUAUGGAUAACAGAGUCCGUGCACUAAUAAGAAUAAAACUUAAAAAGUCCAAUAAAAUACAUAAAAGGCGUCUCACUGAUAUGUAGAUAAACUGUAUAUAUAGUCCUCAGAGGUUAAUCCUUCCGAAUUUCCAGGGAAUCCGUAUAUGAAAGAUAAAAACACAAACAAACUUCCAAUGGUAUAGUAUGUACUGAGAGAGGGAGCGAAAAGAAGCAAAAUGGAGGAUAAUACACUCACAUUUGUUGGAGCUUUGGACUAGCUCUUAGUUGAAUCGCACUUAGCGGUAUAAUCCCCGCUAAUGGAUUUACUGGGAGAAUGGAUUCGUCCGUCUGGCUUGGGUUCGUGGGAUUCCGCAAGGUAAAUAGAAACAAAUAUAGUGCUCUCAGUAGGAAGAGAAAAUAAAAUAUACUCACAAUGUUAGAGCAGGGAGUACUGCUCUAUUUGUAACACGCUGGUGGAAUAAUCCCCACCUGUGGAUUGCUUUAAACAAGAACAGUUGAAUGCCAGGAGAAAAUAAAAAAUAUUUUUGUGUUUGUACAAUAAAUCAUAGGACCAAUUCUGUUUUAUUGUACAAACACAAAAAUAUUUUUUAUUUUCUCCUGGCAUUCAACUGUUCUUGUUUAAAGCAAUCCACAGGUGGGGAUUAUUCCACCAGCGUGUUACAAAUAGAGCAGUACUCCCUGCUCUAACAUUGUGAGUAUAUUUUAUUUUAUUUUCUCUUCCUACUGAGAGCACUAUAUUUGUUUCUAUAUACCUUGCGGAAUCCAUUCUCCCAGUAAAUCCAUUAGCGGGGAUUAUACCGCUAAGUGCGAUUCAACUAAGAGCUAGUCCAAAGCUCCAACAAAUGUGAGUGUAUUAUCCUCCAAUUAUCUUCUUUUCGCUCACUCUCUCAGUACAUACUAUACCAUUGGAAGUUUGUUUGUGUUUUUAUCUUUCAUAUACGGAUUCCCUGGAAAUUCGGAAGGAUUAACCUCUGAGGACUAUAUAUACAGUUUAUCUACAUAUCAGUGAGACGCCUUUUAUGUAUUUUUUAUUGGACUUUUUAAGUUUUAUUCUUAUUAGUGCACGGACUCUGUUAUCCAUAUAUUAUCUUUUUUACUGUUUAUUCUAUUUGUAUUAUAUCAUUUUAUUAUCCACUUAUUUUAAAUUUUUUAGCGCAGCCCUUCACCCCUUUCUUUUUCUACAUUUUAUUAAGGGUUUUUGAGGGAUCCCCUUUUUAGGGUUGCAGCUCCCAUUUUUGCUAUCUAGUGCAGACUCCUUCCUCCCCACCCCCCCUUUUUUUUUUUUUUUCUCCCCUCUGUUACUUACUGGUUUGGUUGGCUUAUUUGCACUUCACACAAGAGGCAGGAAUUGCCCAGAGCACCUGCCAAGACUUGAGCUGCAUUUGGAAGUCUGUGAUAGGACAUCCACAGAAAGUCUGGGCAAUAUUAGAAAGGGAGAGCUUGCAAACUUGUUUUCCUGGCCCUAUAUAGUCCUUAGGUCCCCCCUACCCUUGUGGCCCCCCUCCCGUUGGGCUGAAGGGGCUAAAACCCCUUCAGCCACUUACAACACAGCUGAUGCUGAAAAUGGACUGUCAUAAACUGUUCUCACUGCUGUGUAGAUGAAUUCACCGUGCUUAAAGGAACACUAUAGUCACCUAAAUUACUUUAGCUAAAUAAAGCAGUUUUAGUGUGUAGAUCAUUCCCCUGCAAUUUCACUGCUCAAUUCUCUGCCAUUUAGGAGUUAAAUCACUUUGUUUCUGUUUAUGCAGCCCUAGCCACACCUCCCCUGGCUAUGAUUGACAGAGCCUGCAUGAAAAAAAACUGUUUUUCUCUUUCAAACAGAUGUAAUUUACCUUAAAUAAUUGUAUCUCAAUCUCUAAAUUAAACUUUAAUCACAUAGAGGAGGCUCUUGCAGGGUCUAGCAAGCGAUUAACAUAGCAGUGGAUAAGAAAAUCUUAAUUAAACAGAACUUGCAAUAAAGAAAGCCUAAAUAGGGCUCUCUUUACAGGAAGUGUUUAUGGAAGGCUGUGCAAGUCACAUGCAGGGAGGUGUGACUAGGGUUCAUAAACAAAGGGAUUAAACUCCUAAAUGGCAGAGGAUUGAGCAGUGAGGCUGCAGGGGCAUGUUCUAUACACCAAAACUGCUUCAUUAAGCUAAAGUUGUUCAGGUGACUAUAGUGUCCCUUUAAUUAAAUGUAGAUUAAUAGAUUUUUGGCCAACUUUGGUGUGUUACUUUCAAUAAAGGUGUGGUUAUUUAAUUGGCUUGUAGGUUUUUCAUAUUGGACUCAUUAAAAAGUCUCUCUAAUGAAAAUAUAGAAAAAAAAACAAUUUUAAAAUAAUUUUGGGAAAAGUAAUUUUUGGCCAAGGGCAUCCUGAAUUUUCAUUUCGGUGCAUCCCUAAUGAAAAUAAAAUGUAUGCCUCAACAUAUCAGAAUUAGGUUUUCUUAUAGUUAUUGAAAAGCUGCCUGUACCUCAUUAGUAAUUUUUUAUUGACAUAUGAAGAUUUUUAGUGGGUCAUUCCAAAUCUUCAAGCGAUUCAAUGUGAUCUUAUUUAAUUUUUCAGAUACAGUAAAGUGCAUGGAACUAAUCAGAUCAGUUCUCUGAAUCUUAACUUCUGAUUGGUUGCUGGCUUUUCUGGCCAGUUACAGGACUGCCAUCACUACCUCGUAUAUCUUUUAAACAAACCUGUUAUUGCUGCUAUUAUAAUUUUAGACCUCGUUAAUGGAGUAUCCUGCUGAUUGGCCUCCUACUGUGGUGGAACUAAGUCACGUGAUGCCCUGCAAUUCUCUGAAAGAGAGGAAAUGCCUGUGAAAAAUACAUAUUUAUAACUUCUCUUUAGAAUAUUUGAUUAACCUCAGCUUGCAGCCCCUAUGUCUUAUAGGUGGCAUUGUGUCUGGCUCCUAAAUAUGUGAAGCCUCACUUUUCACCCCAAAAGGACUGUAGCAUUUAAAUGUGUUCUAUGAUCAUGUAUGUACCAAAUCUAUCUGGGACAUUUUAUAGCUAUAUUUGGCUGUUUACUUUUUAACUGGAUAUCACUGGGUCUCAUCACAACUUAAUUGAGAAUACAGAGGCUGCACUCGUGUGUUAUGAGUGAUGAUAUUGUUUAAUUACUUGUGUAUAUUCUAUACUGUGUCCUUAUGUGCUUUCUGCUUAUCCAUAAGUUACUUUUGCCAGAUGGUGUGACAGACAAACAAAAGGUGGUUUGUAUUCUCUUUAAUGUGCCAUUUAAAAGCAGUUCUGUAAACACAAAUGCUUUGAGGAUUUUUAAAUUGCUUGGUUUGAUGUGCUGAAUUACUCUUUCAUCCUAGACCUGGUGUUUUCACAAACCUUGUUAAUAUGACUGAGUAAGUCAGAAGCUCCCCCCCCCACCCCCUGCCAUCUAUAAAACCUAUUAAGUGGCUGUCUAUGCACCAUUACCACCACUGCAUCCGAUUUGUAGUGGUUAUUGUGUUUUAGUAGGCAGCUGGGACAGUCCACUAGUUUUGGGUAAAAACAUGUUUACUUUCAGCUAAUUGGUUCAAUCAAAGUGUGUCCGGUUCCUUGGGAACUCCCAUAUCUACUCAAACUGGUACGUUAAGAUGAUGUGAUUAUGGUAAUUGGCGUGCGCCCCUUUGUUUAUACCUUUUGUGAAUGUCAUAAAAAUUCAACCUUUGUACCUGCAAUGGAAUCUUUACUUAAAGGUACACUAUAGUCACCCAGGCGACUUCAGCUCAAUGAAGUGGUAUGGGUGCCAGGUCCCUCAGGUUUUAACCCUUCAGAUGCAAACUGCUAUGUUUACAAUUGGGGUUAAUCCAGCCUCUAGUGCUUUCCUAUGGACUUUUUCAAUGUGCGCAUGAGCAUUCGGCUCCACUGACAUCGGCGGAGAAGGAGAGGUCACCAGCGCCAAGCGAGCCUGGCGCUGGAAUAAGGUAAGCUGCUGAAGGGGCUUUAACCCCUUCAGCGCCACGGGAGGGGGACCCUGAGGGUGGGGGCGCCCUCAGGGCACUAUAGUGUCAGGAAAACCGCUUUGUUUUCCUGACACUAUAUUGAUCCUUUAACGUUUGAGCAUUGAGACAUUGCUAUCCCAUGGGGAAUGCGCAUUCCCUCCCCCACUUCCCACCUCCCAUCACUUACAUCUGAGGAGGUGGAGAGUGAUCAGCUAAGUGGGGUGGGGUUUAAAGCCUUUACUCGUGGGGGGGAGGGGGUGGUGGCACUGGGUCUGAGGGACAAUAGUGUUAAGGAAAAUUGGCUCCCAGGUACAAAAUUGCCAAUUUUUAUUUAAAUCUGCACUUUUAUAGAUUGUCACAAAUGGGACAGACUCCAGAUAUUUAAAGCACGUUGGCAAGCUUUCCACCCAUAGCUUCUCAUUAAAUUCCCUAUAACAUUAAAAAAAACAACCCUACCUGGAAUCCAACGCUGGGCAAAAAACAUCUGUUGAAAGUGUUGGUUUUUUUUUUUCACAGAACUGAAGUUGGGCAUCCUAUGGCAAUCUCUAUAGUUUGUAUAAACGACCCUUUAAAAAUAAUAAAAAAAUUUUUUAAUGCACUGCUUGUUACAUGGAGCAAAUUUCCAGGCUGCCUAAAUCAGAGUGCUGGGGGUGCAGCUAGACCCUGCCCAAAAGUGUAAGCAUUUCUGUAUGUGCAGCAUUUAAGCAAAAAUGUUAAUUGGAUCCUCCAGUUGCCAUUGUUUAUGCCCAUCUUCAGAUAUCAUUAAAGCAUUAGUGAUAUUAAAGGAACACUAUAGGGUCAGGAACAUAAACAUGUAUGCCUGACCCUAUAGUUUUAAAACUAUUAUUUACCUCCAACUUGGAAUCGAUGCGUCUCUGAGAAAGGUUCAGUGUCUGCAUGCAGAGGGCGGAGACACUGAAUGGCAGUGCAACACUGCCCCAGGAAGCACCUCUAGCAGCCAUCUGAGUGACCAGUGGAUGUAUCCCUAGGCUGUAAUGAAGACACUGCGUGAAGGGAAUGAUUAUACUCGCCUGAACAAAUACAAUAAGCUAUAGUGUUAAUUUUGCCUGUGUAUAUUCAAAAUUAUUUGGGGGGGGCUUUAGCUGACCCUUCCAACCAAUUAAUUCUGUGUAGAUCGGAACAAGUUUGAUAUAUUAUAAGGAACACUAAGCACCAUAAAGGGCAAGUGCUUGGAUUGUUAAUGCAAAAGUUGGAAAAGUAAUUGAAGGUAGGAUUGAGAUAACUCCCUCACUAUUCUCAAUAGUAAAAUAAUACUCCAACUUAAUUUCAACCUAAAAAAACAUUUACUAGCACAUUCUCCAGUGAUGUCAUGUUAUCUCUGCAGCUCAAUUAAGUUGGCUUUAAAAUUUUUUAUUUUGAAGCUUCUGGGUUAGGCACUUUUGAAACUAUUUAUAUAUAAAAAAAAAAAAAUUUCUUUAAAGCUAAAGUACACCUAAUUAGAGAUGGUGAGUAGAACUCUACAAAGGGUUGCGUGUGGUGUGGCUUUUAAAAAUAUUUUUUGUUUUAUACGUUUUUGCUUUGCACUGUACCUUAGCAAGUCAUGUUGCUUUUUUGCAAGAUCUCUGUACUGUAUAAUUAACAUGUAGAAAAUUUCAAAAUCUAUUUUAGCUUAAAUUUUGCUAUUUAGUUUUUAGUUGACUUCAAAUUGUAGUUUAAUAGAAAGGAGAAAUUGGAUUUAAACAUGGUAUUCAUUACAUGCCAAUAGCUUGCAGUGUCGAGUAGCUUUUAAGGCCUGCCUAGUAGCAUUGUCCAUUGAAAUUAUACUUGCCCAGAGUGCAAAUUUACGUGUGUGUGUGUAUAUAUCUAAUUUUUUUUUUUUUUUUUUUCUCCCACCCAUUCUCAGCAGCUGAGUAGUGUGGUCUGCAGUCAGAAAGUGCGCUCCACCAUUUAGAAGCCUCCCAUACUGUGUCAUCAGUCUUAGCCCACAAUCUUCUCUCCAUAACACAUGCAAUUAUUCUUUUUUGUUGUUGCUUUUGUUGCUAAUGUAAACUUUUGUCUGAAAUCUAAAUACUAGGGACAUUUUUCAAACCCGGGAUUAAUCUCUUAAAUAGCCAACAUAAAGCAUCUGACUUUUGAUGUGAGUGUAAUGCGUAUGUAUGUUUCUCAGCUAUUCAUGGCAAUCUUUGCAUAUAUAAUCCUAAUAUAUAAUAUAUAUAUGUGCAAACAUGUUUCUGUUACAUAGCCUGGUUUUCUAUUAGAACUAACGUACGAGAGUGAAGUAUGUCUUAAGCAGUUUGCUUUUUGGCUUAACAUUUUAACUUUUAAUAUGCUUUAGUUUCACAGAGUAGGAAUGAUGACAGUUGGCUGCCGACUGACUCCGCCACUGAUCUGCAAUCCGAUUUACUGUCCACCAGCCAGUGGAUUUCAUCUCUCCCCUUCUGUGGAUUUGCAGAAAGCAUUAGCAACAGGGCCCAUUAGGAACCAGAGCGAAUUAGGGGAUUAUUGAGAAGAAUCCUUUACAGAAAACGAGAACUGAAUAUGUAAAGGUUGCUUGUGUACAAACCUUAGCUCAUACUGUGGCUCAUGACCUACUGAGUACUUUUUACUGACUCAUUUCCCUUUCUAAACAGAUCUGUUUUGCACCGAAAGCCUAAUAACAUUUUCAACUGAACUGCAAUCUAAAAUUGUACUUUUGUGCAUAAGAUGCCUUGCGCAUGGCAGCAACCCUGACUAUGUUGUGGUGUUUACCGAAUGUAAAACCGUGUGUCCUUAUACAGCACUCCUGGUACUUAUUUGCACACUCCCCAUGGCAUUUUGGAAUUCCCACUAUUUAAUAGAAUAAUGUUUGUGUAGUGACGUUGCACAGAAAAAAGUAAGCUUCACAUCUGCCAUAAUUCAUCUUUUUGUUUGAUUUUUAAAAUUUUUAUUUGUGUACAGGUGUUUUAUCACCUGUCUCAUGGCAGUGUGUGUGUGUGUCAGUGCCACCUCAAUCUUCCUCUAGAUUUGGGGUUGUUUUGAACUUGUUCCUCCUCGCUUUAUUUUUCUGGUUACAAAAUUGGGCAGACUAGAUGGGCCGAAUGGCUCUUAUCUGCCGUUACACUCUACGUUUCAUUUUCCAGAUGGCUUAUAUCCUCAAUUUUAGUUACAUGGCAUGUGUUGGUACUAUGUAACCGAUCAUACAAAUUACUAACUUUGAUUUACACGCCAGCUCCCCCACCUUGACCUUUAUGGGUAUAGAGUUAAUCCAGUCAGUACGGGAUAGGAUGAGAUUGUUUGUUUAUUAGUACAAGGAUCGAGAGAGCAUGUUUGCAUGCUUCAAUUUUAAGCUGGCGUCCGUGAGCCAACAAAGCACCCCUUUCGUACUGUAUAAUUGAUGUGAAAGUUUUUAGUAAAGGAACAUUUUUAAUGUUAAAAAUGUAUCUACAACUUCAGGCCUCAAACUGGAUCCUGCAAGCUCAAGUGGAGACUCUCCAGAAUGCUAUAAUUUUGUUUUCAAAAUAAGAGUUAAAUACAACAUCCGUGACUUUAUUUUUUUAUUGUUCUGCACUCAAUUACUUUGGGAUUCCACAUUUGCUAGCCCAAGCAGCAAUCUGGUGCUACAGGGCUUUUUACGUGUGUCUGUGGGUGGCACAAUAUUCUCCUAGAUCAUGCCUGUCCAACCUGCGGCCCCCCCGGAUGUUGCCGAACUACAACUCCCAUGAUUCUUUCAAUGAAACAGAUAGCCAGGGUAUCAUGAGAGUUGUAGUUCAGCAACAUCUGGGGGGCCACAGGUUGGAUAGCCCUGACCUAGACCGUGGUCCUCGUGUUAGUCCAAUUGGUUCCUUUUAUAGAUGCCAUUAUGGGCAUUUGCUGGUUAAGUCUUCUCUAUAUGUAUGCCUGUCUUGCGCAUGCCAACCAGUUUUUUAGAUCUCAUUUAACAUGAAAACAUGUGUUCCCACCGUCUCUUGUUAACUCUCUAUAGCAGAGUUUCGUAUAUGACCCUAGUUGUGAUAUUAAUUUUGUUAUUGAAUGUUUUUCAAAAUGCUAUAUGCUGGAACAAGUUAUAUAUCAUUACGAAAAAUAAUAAAUGUAUCUGUUAGAUGUCUUACUUUUUUAGUUUUGUUGUAGAAAUAAAAUUUACCUGUAACCCAGCACAAGACACCCUUUUCUCUUAGCCUGAUCAUCAGUUGUGAUGAGAUCUGGUCCAAUCUAAUGCUUAAAGGGACACUGUAGGUACCCAGACCACUUCAGCUAAUUGAAGUGGUUUGGGUGCUGUGUCACUAUUGCACUUGGUGCUGCAAUGUAAAACGGUGUCAGAUUUUUUUUUUUUCCCCCCAUAGGAAAGCAUUGUAUAAUGCUUUCCUAUGGGGAGUUCUAAUGCAUGCGCACGUGGCCAUUGGCGCACAUUAGGUCUCCCCCGACGGCAGAGCCUGACCCUGUGCCGUGGCCCAUCGGUGCUCGAUUCAGGUAAGUGGCUGAAUGGGUUUUCCUGGCACUAUAGGAUCCCUUUAAUAGAAAAACAUUGCAGGCAUUGUUGACCAUCAAAAAAGGCCUUGAGGAAGUGCCCCUAGUGGCACUUUGAAUGUCUGAGGCUAUUUCUAAAAAGGGACAGGGACUUCAUUUUAAUAAAGUGGUUUUAUUGUUUUAAAUCUUUUCAACAGGGAAAAAAGAAUGUUCUUUACUUCAAGAAGGAUGAAAUAUUGUUGGUAUUAUGACUGCUUAUUUUUUAACCAAUUUGUUUUAUUUAAAUUUUUUUGGUAAUAUAAAUAUAUGUAGGUGCACAUAUGAGUUGGGUGUGUGAUAUAAAUUUUGUGAAGGGGUAUGGAAUCACACUGUGGUGCUGAAUAGUUUUGGAACUCUAUGGGUUAAGCAAUAUAUAUAAAUAAAAUGUAUGUAUGUCUCCAUAGCAAUAGCCAUGUAUUUAGAAGACUGACCUUGAACUGCUGCUGAAACUGCAGUCUAAUGGAACUUUUAUGUACGUCAGGUUAUGCCUUUACAACAAGAACAGAAAGUACUUGGACUCCCAUGAUGCUUUGCUAGCAUACGAGGCCCUAGUACAUACUUAUUGUAAAACAGGGAUGGUCAGUGUUGUUGGCAUUGAUAUCAUUUUGGUUUUUUUACCAAUUCCUUUUUGAAUAUAUUUGUAACAUGCAUGGAUACUCUGCAGUGAAUCUUUCAGUAUUUUAAUUUUUCACAUCUUUCAAUAAUUUUAUGUAAGGUCAUAUUAGUAGUUAAUUUAGUUUGAUCUAGUAUUUUGGCAAUACGACCAGGGUAAAUAAUAGAAUUAAGUGCAGUAAAUGCUGUUUGAGCAUGGGCCAAAUACAGAAUUUAGGAAUUCUAAGAAUGCUUAGGCCGUAGUGUCCCUUAUUUCCCCAUUGACUGCUGAAAAAUGCUGUUCAUACAUUUGACAGGGCUAUUAAUUUUUAUUUGUCAUUUUAUUUGUUACUGUGCACUCCCUUUCAGUUAAUUGUGUCAGAGCUCAGAAUUUCUACUAACCAGGUCUCUGUUACUCAUCACAACAAACGUACCUCAGAGCAUUUUGCUUCCGAAUCCCAUAUUAUCCCUGUUUGGAGUAUUGGAUCUUUAGUGAGUGCAGGGGUGUAUUUUUUUGAAGUCAGUGUUGUUUUGUGUAGAAUGUUAUUGAUGGUUCCAGGAUCCGUGUGUGCUAUGUAUUUUCCUAUUGGCUCCAGAGCCCUUGACUGCUUCUCUCCAACCCAAUGACCCCCUAUGUGAGAGGGUGAAUGAAAAUUUGUUUAGGUGUUCUUAAAUUGUAAUAAUACGCCUCAUAUUUGGUUGUUGAUGCUUGUUGUCUUAUUGUCAAAUAUAGCAAAUCUUUGUAUACAAAUAUUGAGGUGCAGUUUCUUGGCAUUGUAAACUGUUUGUAUGUAUUGUGCAUCUACCAAAAUGUCUGAAAUAGAAAAUAUAAAUAAAAACUCUUCUCUUAAGAUGCCUUUUAAGUUGGCUUUUGACAAUACGACCCAUGGGCUUGCUUUUACAUGUUUGUAUUCAAAGCAAAUUACUUAUUUAAAUACAUCAAAACUAGAUCCCUUGUAGUCUGCUAGUAAAGCAAAAAAGUACAGUACUUUUGUUGCCAUGCAAUUUCAGUAAGUGUAAUGAGAUAACUGUGCGAUAUUGGCUGAUAUUUACAUAGAGGAAAUCUUUGGAACAAAAUCUAAGCAAGAAAUUUGUGCUGAAGUUUUUAUUUAAAAGGAAAACAUUGAACAUUCACAAAAGAAAAUUAGAAAAAUGAAGGCAGCGUUUAUGAUUGCGUUACCUCAAGUAUCCUUAUUUUAGUGACACCCUCUAGAGGUAUCCGAAACCAAAAAAAAAAACAUAAACAGUGUUUUAGCUGUAGUAACCUGAAACGGUGCACUUACAGAUUCCAGGCACCAUGAUCAUUUUCAAAUCGCUGAAGUGGUCAUGGUGUUUGGAGUAACCCCUUUAAGGACAAAUAUAAACCCUGCCUUUUCUCACAAUUGUAAAAAUUGUUUUUCUGAGACUGAAGGGAUAGAUUUUAAACAAGAGCCAAUUCACUCUAACCUUUUUAGAUGCUUUAUCUCACACCCAACAAAAAGGAAAUCAGGCAAUCGACAGGCAAUGAUCCUCAGGAAUUUCUAUGAUGGCAUAUGUAACCAAACAUCCUUCAUGUCUGCCCACCUAGACCAGAAAAUCAAAAAUACAGUGGGCUGAGCUAAAUGAGCAGCUUCGUAAUCUGUUUAUUUACAAUCAAUUGCAGUUACACACCUCAAAGACCCUGCUGGCAAUACAUAGACCGGAGCACACUUUAUAAAGGCAGUUAUACCUAACUUAAUUUUGCAAUAACAUUUUGCUGUUUCAAUGUACAGAUAAAUGUUGACAAAAGAAAAGUGCCAGAGAUCUAAUAUAAUAUAUUUUUGUUUUUCAUAUAUCUUAUCUGUUUUUUUUGUUUUUGUUUUUUUCCUCAGGCUGCGGAUUUAAGCAAACCGAUAGACAAGCGAAUAUAUAAAGGAACACAGCCAACCUGUCAUGACUUCAAUCAUCUCACAGCCACGGCAGAAAGUGUUUCUCUACUCGUGGGUUUCUCUGCGGGCCAAGUUCAGCUUAUAGAUCCGAUUAAAAAGGAAACAAGCAAGUUGUUUAAUGAAGAGGUUAGUCCAAUAUCUGUCCUAGCGUACUGCAUGAAAACUGUUACACUCUGAAUUGUGAGCGUUUUUGUUGAGUUUUACAAACAUGAUGUGGAUGGGUAAUGCAUAAACAGCAGUUCUUUGGCAAAAUUAUAAAAGUUUAGCUGUCUACAUAGAAACAGUGGAUUUAUUGCAACCCUUUAAACUUUGUUUUAAAAGGAGUUUAUAUUUUUUGUGUGGGUUUUUAAAAAAAUGUGUGUAAAUUUUUCCUGACACUAUAGUGCCCUCAGGGUUAAAACCCCUUCAGCCACUUAUCUUAAUCCAGCGCCGGGCUCCCUCUGCACUGGUGACCUCUCCUCCCCUGUCCGACGUCACUGGAGCGCAUUCAAAGUGUCCAUUGGAAAGCAUUUCUCAAUGCUUUCCUAUGGAGGCUCUGCGCGAUGGAGAUGAAAUGCGCCUCCAGCGUCGCAGAUGCGCCUCUAGUGGCUGUCCGGAAGACUGCCACUAAAGGCUGGAUUAACCCCAAAUGUUAAUGGUUAACACCCGAGGGACCUGGCACCCAGACCACUUCAUCGAGCUGAAGUGGUCUGGGUGAUUAUAGUGUCCCUUUAAAAUAAUUUUAGCAUAAAAAGUCUGUUUUGACAGCCAGUCUCAAUUAGGAUUAUCAUAAAACAUUUUUCUUAAUACUUCUGAUGUCAUUCUCUCCAUCUGUUUAAGCAUUUUUGAGCUGAUUUUAUACUCAAAUGUAUAUUGUAAAGUUAGCUGUGUGCCACUUGUGAGUACUGGACCCCAUACAGAGCCCAAUUAACCCUUAGGAGGUAUAGUGGCCGCCUAGAGCCCUGGUUUGGACAGAGGCCCCCUUUGAGCUGGUAAGGAGAUUUUUUUUUUUUUAUUUUUUUUUAUCAAUUGAUGUUUAUUAGAGUAUUUCUCAAAAUGAUAUGCAAUACAGGGAGUAAACAGUUAGUAUUCAGAUAACGAUACAUGAAUUCAGUCAUAAAAAAAAAACAUUCCUCCACUCUCCCCCAUCGAGGUAAGGAGAUCUUUUGACCUCCUUACUUAGCCAUGUCCCAUUUCACUUUAAGAAAUUUUGUGGCCUGCACCUGUAUCGGAUGUCAGAUCAGUUUAAGCGCUCUCUCACCGUUCCCCCUUCUCAAGGAGCUCUUAAAUUAAUCUGCACACUUUAUUGGUGCACACCUCAAAAAAUUCCUCAGGGAUCCAACUCUCCAGCAUGCCUCCAUUUGGUAUACACCAUAGCAUAUUUGAAAGUGGGAUUAUAAUGCCUUGGUAAAUAGGGCUCUGAUAUACAUGAGCUGAUUUCCAGAGGAUUGUCCUUCCUGAAAUUUAAAUACAUGGCCUCCAUGUUUACAUCCAUCUUCGUUUGCUUAGAGGGUUUUAUUUGAGGUGUAUGUGUACCUUUUGAAGAUUUGGCAACCACCUUCUGCGUAUAGCCACAAGGCAUACUGAGGUAAAUUGUAUUCAUUUUCUGAUGUUAUUUGAAUGCUUGCAUGAAGCGGAUGUGGUGGUGUUUUGCUUUAAUCGAGAUGUUUUUAAAAAUUUAGAAAUUCCUAAAAUCUUUUCUGCAAGUUGUGCGGUAUUCCAUUCAUUCUGGUGAUUAUGUAAAAUAUAAAUAAAAUAGACAGAUUCCCAUUAGGUUUCAUGUGAUGUAACUUGUGUAAUUCCUCUGAAAUGCUGGUGUUCAAUACAGCCAAGUUCUUUAAUUAAAGGCAUGCUUGGUAAUGUCACAAAGCUGGAUUGUUGGUGAAUCUCCUGAGCCCUCUUCCUAUUUAAGGAUUACUUUUCUUUAAUCCAACAGCGAAAGGGUUUCCUUACUGUAGAUCCACUCCUCUCACUGGUAACUCAUCAGUAUUUAGUGAUCUCUGGCCAGUCCAAUGCUUUUGUACUGGAAUGAAGAACAUCUUCCUGGUUGUCUGAAAGAUGUGAUGGUAAAACUUUUUUAUAAAAGCGUUUUUUAUUUUUUUCACCUGCGUAAAAAAAGACUCUCCUAAAAACACUUUAACAAGUGGUAAACAAGACUUCAUCUGAUCUUCUGCUAGAAAGACAAUGCAGCUAGUAAUAUGUCCGCUUACAGAAAUAAAUCAAAUUUUUAGGAGACUCCUUUAUAUUAUGUUAGCAAAUUGCCACAUUUUCAAAAUAAGCCCCUUCAGCAAGCUUUAAGACUUUAGAGGACUGCAGUGUCCCCUUAAAUGUAGUUUUAUAUGGGGAUGGGUUAAUGAAAUGCAAUGUUUUGGCUUAGUUUUACAAAUGUUUCUAGGUAAGGCUUGCAGUACUACAUGAAAUAUUCUGGACAUGGCGUGUUUGGUAAAUGCUCAGCAUACACAAUUCGUAUUCAAAUUUCUUUUUUAGCUUAGGUCCAUUAAGCUAUUCAGGCUUCUGAGACCUGUAAUGGCAUUAAGUUGGGUAAGAAUAGCAUCUAUUAAUCAGCAGGGGGGAAAUUAAAUCCAAUGAUCUAGGAAAAUUGGAUAUAUUUCUGUAUUUUUCUUAUAGUUAUGAUCAUAUAAUAUUAAUGUCUUUGUCUAAUAUAUUCGCAUGCCUGGUUUUAUUGCCGGAAUGUUUGUGUAACGUAUUCAGAUUCCUCAUAAUUGAUUUAAAUUUUAAAAGCAUAUGCUAGUUGACACCAAUUGUAGACAAGGUUAUAACUAAAACUGUGGGCUACUAGAAUGUUUGUGGUGGGGUUUUUUUAAAUUUUUCUCCUGCAUGUGCUUACUAUGGCUGUUUACAACGUUCUAUGAAAUUGGGCAUUCUUUGAUCCUCUUGAGGAGUUUUUACGUUUAAAGGCGAACACCAAGCAAAAUGACAGAUAACUGGUUAAGAGUGCUGUUGGCACAGCACACAUAACCAGUCACCGCCAUCCAAGUUUGUGAAACGGACUUGGAUAACGGCUUCCAUAUUAUUUGUUCUAUCAAACCAUCCUUUAGAGAUAGUGUCGGUGCAGUCUAGACUACAUAACCACUAUAGUGGUCAUGUUGCACAACUUGGCUUAGUUUUUCUUUUGAAGUUUUAUUUUUAAAGUGCAUUAUAUUUGAUGAAAAAGGGGUAAAUCUUGUACAUGCAUUUUUGUUUCUAAGCUUGGAAAUAGACAAAGGGUUUUUAACAGAUUUAUUGCAUGUCUGGUUAUCUCUUUAACACUUUUUUUUUAUUUUAUUUUUUUACAUUUUUUAAUACUUUUGUUUCUCUCAUCUUUUCUUUUUUUAAUAGAGACUAAUUGACAAGUCCAGAGUAACGUGUGUAAAAUGGGUUCCAGGCUCAGAAAGCCUCUUUCUUGUGGCUCAUUCCAGUGGAAAUAUGUAUUUGUAUAAUGUGGAACACACUUGUGGUACCACAGCACCCCAUUACCAGCUACUUAAGCAAGGAGAAAACUUUGCAGUGCACACAUGCAAGAGCAAAUCCACACGAAACCCUCUGCUGAAAUGGACUGUUGGAGAAGGUGCCCUUAAUGAGUUUGCAUUUUCCCCCGAUGGCAAGUUCUUGGCAUGUGUCAGCCAAGAUGGAUUCCUUAGAGUCUUUAAUUUUGAUUCCGUGGAAUUGCAUGGUACAAUGAAAAGCUAUUUUGGCGGACUGUUGUGUGUUUGUUGGAGCCCUGAUGGGAAGUAUAUUGUAACUGGUGGAGAGGAUGACUUGGUAACUGUCUGGUCAUUUGUUGACUGCCGUGUAAUAGCCCGGGGACAGGGACAUAAAUCAUGGGUCAGCGUUGUGGCGUUUGAUCCCAAUACCACUAGUGUAGAAGAAAGUGACCCAAUGGAGUUUAGUGGAAGCGAUGAAGAUUUCCAAGAGCUGCUUAGUUUCGGAAGAGACCGAGCUAAUAGCACACAGUCAAGAUUGUCAAAAAGGAACUCUACUGACAGUCGUCCAGUUAGUGUGACCUAUAGAUUUGGCUCAGUAGGCCAAGAUACACAGCUGUGCUUAUGGGACCUUACAGAAGAUAUCCUUUUUCCACAUCAGCCACUCUCAAGAACAAGGACACAUACAAAUGUCAUGAAUGCUACAAGUCCUCCAGCUGGAAGUGGUGGUUCAAACCCAGGAACCAAUGGCAACAGCAUCACGACUCCAGGCAAUUCCAUACCUCCUCCUCUUCCCAGGUCCAACAGCCUCCCUCAUUCCGCUGUAUCCAACACUGGAAGCAAAAGCAGUGUGGAUAGUGCCAUUGCAUCUGGAGUCAGUAAAUUCGCUACUCUCUCCAUUCACGACCGCAAGGAAAGACAUCACGACAAGGACCACAAAAGAAACCACAGUAUGGGACAUAUAUCUAGCAAGAGCAGUGACAAACUGAACAUAGUUACAAAAAACAAAACGGACCCAGCUAAAACUUUGGGGACCCCUCUCUGCCCCCGAAUGGAAGACGUUCCUUUGUUAGAGCCUCUUAUCUGUAAAAAGAUAGCACAUGAAAGACUGACUGUGCUUAUUUUUCUUGAAGACUGUAUAGUCACUGCUUGUCAGGAAGGAUUUAUUUGCACAUGGGCAAGGCCUGGUAAAGUGGUAAGUUUUAAUCCUUAACGCUGUGUCAAGAUUUAGACAUUGAGUAGUUAAACAUUCUGGGAAAAAAAUGCUAACAUUUCUUACAUGUCUUUCCAUUCAAUGUAGAAAGAUGUUUGUUUUUAUUUUCUUUUUUUCUUUUUGAGACAUUUUGGUUACUGCAUGUCAUACUGUUUUGAAUCAUUUGAAAUUUUGCCACAGUAGACAGUUCUUUGGGUUGUUGAGGGGGUGGGGAGAGAAACAAAAUUACAUGUAAAACUGACGCAUAAUGUGCCAACCAAAGAAACAAAAUCAAUUUACCUUAAGCACUGUAUAUUAUAAAUUCUAGGAUGUGUUUUCCCCUUCGUUUAAAGUGGGGGAGAAACAAUUGUGCAGGAAAACAAAUACAUUUUUGUGUUGGUCAGCUUGAAGUCUAAUCUGAAGUUUAUAGUGAGCACUACAGAGCAUGAGAAUGGACGGUGCCCUUUCACAUACCUGGAAGCACUUGUUCAAGUAUUGAAGAAGGAAAAAAGUGUAUCUCUAUAUAUCGAGUCAAUCUUAAAAAGAACUUACCGUGGACGUAAGAUUUAUUCGAUUAAGCUAAUAAGAUCUGUAUUCCUGUAAAUAAAACAGUUACCUUGAUAUUCUUUAGUAUUCUCCAUGUGUAACUUUCAUACACCUAUUUUUUUUAAUUUUUUUUUUGGUUUUGUUUUGUUUUUGUUUUUUUUAUACUGGACACAUGAACCUUUUUAUUUUACUCCCCGGUUUAAAAGCGCACAUAUUUAGAAAUGUCUUCUGUCUAUAUCACUCAUUCCAAUAUCUUGUUUUCUGGAUGUGGAUAAUGGCAUAAGUAACGUUUAUAUAUAGUAUAACACAGUUAAAAAAAUAAAAAAUAAAAAAAAAUCAUUUCAUCCCAGAUGUGGUAAUCCUAUUGCACACUUGUAGUUGCUGGACACCAGCAAUUGUUAAUCCCCAACCAAGCAAUUAAGCCUUACAAGUGUUUGGUCUUCAAACUUUAUAGCAAUGCAACUUGUUCAGAACAUUAUGACCUCUGGAAAAAUAUGGAUGCAGGUUUUCUCCGGGCUUCAGCAGAACCAGUUUGAGUAUAGUAAACCGGUUAGUUGUUAAUGUAAAACCAAUAGAACCUCUAAUAAAACUCUCCCCCAAUGUGUAUUAAUACACAUAAGCUGUAGAAUCACUCGAAUAGGUUCUGUGCCACUAGGUAUGUCCGUUUUAAGACCCCUAAAUUGUAUUUUCACGGCUUAAGUAUUUAGAAACCGUGCAGGACCAGAACAAAGACAUUUGUACUUGCCUUUUUACGCAAUAGCAAAAUUUUCAUGUUUUUUCUUUGCAAAUAAAGAAUGGAACGUGUUUUAAAAAAAAAAUGUUGACUAUGCCGCUGCGUAUAAUGCACAGACUCAUUCUAAUUGCUAUUGAUUCAAUCUUAAUAUAUGCUGGCAAUUUCCAAUCAGAAUAAUGUAAGUAUGUAUAAAUUUAAAAAAUAAAAAUCUAAAAUUUCAAAUGUUUCUGAGAGAUGAGUAUGCAGUACCAAAAAUGGUGCACAUGUAAUUUGUAAGGUGGGGGGACGGAGGGAUAAAGGCGAGGCAGGUAAGUGUCUUCAUCAUAACUUUCCCUUUUUAUUGUGACCGUUUUUUGUGUUGUGUUUUUUUUUUUUUUUUUCUUGUCUCCCAACGUAUUUUAACUUUUUUUUUAUUUUUUAUAUUGCAAUUUUACAUACUCCUAGUGACAGUGAAAACAAUUGGAUCGUUUGUACUUUCUUCUAGGCAGUACAGAUGGCACUUAAUUAAAAUGUAACAACGUUUAAACAUUUGUAACACCAGUUACUACUACUCCCUGGGCUAUAAAUCAUUUUGUAAAUCCGCUAGGUCUUAUUUACUUGCCAGUGCCUCUUAAGGGACAGAUGGGUGUUGGCAGUCUACUGCAGUGCAUUUGUGGUGGUAACUUGGCCCUUUCUUGUCCGCUCUUGGAACUCCUCCGGAGUACCAGCUUUCCAUGUUCUUGCUACCUCCUAAUCUUUCCAGAUGUUAGAAAUUGUAUAAUUAUGUUGCAUUAGCAUGCUAAACUGGAUUCUUCAGGGGAUAAAAUCCACACUCUUCAAGAAGUUGCACUGCAUUCCAGCAAGGUUUCAGAGUGCUGUUUUGCAUGCAUAAUGUGAUUGCCAACAUUUCAAUCUGAAAUUUGCAUUUCCUGUGACUAAAAGUUAUUUAAAUGUCAGACCAGGGGAAGGUAACCUUUUUAGCAGCACUGUGCCGAUAUAGGAUUGUGAUGUCCCGUGGCGUGCAGUCCUAUUUUAUUUUUUUUAAAUGAGGUGUGUAUGCUGCGUAUUCUGUUAGUUAUUUUUACUGUAAUUGCUUUUUAUUUGUAUAUGUGUUUAUGCAGGGCCGUCUUUAACAUGGACUGGACCCUGUGUGUCCCCCCCCCAGGCGUGCAAUCACGUUCACCCCAACGCUGACACUCACACACAGACAGGCUGACACACAGACAGAAUUUACGCUUUAAAACCCACCCUCCAGUUUCCUACCUCUCCUGAAGGUGUUGGGAGUUGGGGUCUGGCUCUCUUGGCCAGCCCCCCUCCACUCUGCCUACUCUUCUUUCCCGCGCGCUCCUCUCUUUGUGGGAGGAAGUGAUUCACGGUUGUCCCUUCCUCCCAGCCUGCUGCCGAAAAGCAAGGGGCCCGCUCGCGCAGUUAAAGUGCCUCCGCGCGCGACCAGACCCCUGCUGACAGAAACCCACUGGGUGGACCCUUGUAUGUGGACCUCCUUAGUGUGCGGCUUACCGGCCAGGGGAGAGAAAUAGUUGAGGUCAGCGGGCUCACGGUGCAGCUGCCCCGUUUGCCCCGAGUUAAAGACGGCCCUGUGUAUAUUGUAUAUGUUCAUGAGUAGUUUAUGGUAUUGUGCAUGAUACAUAUGAAUGUAAGCUGUGUAUGGGGGGCUGCUUGUGGUAUUGUGUGUGUGUGUGUGUGUGUGUGUGUAUAUUUCACAUUGUGUGUUUGGUAGUGUGUGGGAGGCUGCAUGUGGGGUUGUGUGCAUGUAUGUGGAUUGUUAGUGGUGUUAUGUUUAUGCGGGUUGUGUGUUUGUGUGUGGGCUGUCCGUAUUAUUUGUAUGAGGGGAGGGUUAUUCUGCAUUUCUGUGUAUAUCUAGCAGUGUUAUGGUGACUUCCCUUGGUUCCAGUGGGGACCAGGCCGGCCAGGUACAUGUCAAGGACCGGACCUGCAACAGCAACUGCGUGCUGCUCUACUACUGUGUGGAUUCCCAUUCACAAGUGCUGGGAGGAAGUGAUCUGAGAUCACUUCCUCUACGUGCUGCAAAGCAUAAAUUGAGGAUUGUCCUUCACCACUUUUUCGGAUUAGCAGAUAGCUGAAGCUUUACUGGGACUCCUGAUAGGUCAGAGCCUGUUUGGCCCUAGCAGCCUUGAGGGCCGUGCAAAGGGAUCUCGAGUGCCGUAGGUUGCCUACCCCUGAGCUAGACCAAGGGUAAUGUUCUCUAUAGCUGCUGUGUGCCAACAUUUUACAUUUUUUUUUUUUUUUUUCCUUUUCUAAGAUGUUUAAUCCAGCUGAAUUACCACAUAAGGGAAAAAAGUAAGACUGUGUCAAUGACCAAACACUUAAAGGGACACUGUUGGCACCCAGACAACGUCAUUUCAAUGAAGUGGUCUGGUUGCCCUGCCACUCUAAUUUUUAAGCAUGCAACUGAAAACAUUGCUGUUCUGCAUUACAUUGCAGGCUUAUCAGCCACUAAAGGAGCUUCUGUCGAAACAUUCAAGUUAAACUCUGCUAUAGCAAUGAGCCCCAGAGACCACUUAAUUGGAGCAGCGUUUUGGUGUGCAUGUGCGCUAGUCUCCAAAUGCUUUCCUAUUGGAGAUAGACUGAUUUCCGCCAAGGAGGUGGAGCAACGUUUUGGUGUUGAGGAUGAAUGUAUGUAUUCCUAACACUAUAGUUUUCCUUUAAGGUGCACAAUCAGAAAUGUUCCCUUUCCUGAUGAGUCAAAGAUAAAGCUGUGAAAUCCUUGCUCCAGAAUGCAGUGGACAUUGCUGAAAAGACAAAUAUCUUGUUUAUCCAACUAGCUCCAGUCCAAUUUUUACUAGGCAUUUUUGAAUGUUCGAGUGGGAGAAGUAUGACCUUUCAGAAAUCUCACUUUAUUAAAGUUUUGUUCGGGUUAAAAAAAAUAAAAAAAAAUAAAAAAUCUCAACAGAAAAAGAAAACCGUUGCGUUACAGGUAUAAAUCAACCUAAUUUUCCAUCUUGAAACUUAUUGUCUGAUCCAUGAGUGAUGUUUAUAAGAUUAUAAAAUUAAAUAUGGAAGAAGAAUACUCUUGUAAGGCAAACAGCCACAGAGCCUUUCCAUUUGAUUAAACCUAAAAGUAAAUGAUGUUUAAAUGGGUUACCCAGCUUUUCAAUAAUCUGUUUGCAGUUCUAGGUGAAUAUAAACCAUUAGUGGCUCUUCCUAAAAUGGAUAUUGCCUCCACUCCGUUGGGAAACCCUCUUGUUUCAAAGAUCCCAAUAGAUCCUAAAAAUUUUCUCCAGUGAUUUUACUAGUUUGCAGCAGCACAGGGCACAGCUCUUAUUGUAUGGGGUUUUAGUGGCAAGGGUGCAAAGAUGUGGUUGGCCAAGGUCAAAAAGUUUGUCUGAGUCUGAAGACCUAGUCCAUUUGCUUCAAAUGUUCACAUGCUUUUCAAGUUAGGCAGACUUUUUGGCAUUUCUCUUAAUGCGCUGUUAAAACCGCAAGAAAAGUAUGUGUAUAAAAUUUUAUUUAUAUUCUCAUUUAAAUAGUUUUGUAUUCCCAACACUAGUGAUGUGCAUUAGGCCUUACCCCUAGGAAAGCAUUAAUUCAGUGCUUUCCAAUGGGGAUAUUUAAGAUACUGGGUGUCCUCAUGCAAAGCGUGGGGACGUCCAGCGUUGUUUAACUCCUUGGGAAUCGAGGAGGUGUCUCUAGUGGCUGGCUGGGAGAUGGCCACUAGAGGCAGACUGAGCCUUGCAAUGUAAACAUUGCAGUUUCUCUGAAUAAGAUAAAGUGGUCUGGGUGCCCAUAGUGUCCCUAAAACUCUGAGGAAGCAGCACUAGACUCUGAGAAAGAGUGCCAUUAUAAGAGGUUUCUCUGAGACUAUGGUUCUUACAGUGUCAUUUUACUAAAGUGAAUUUCAAAUGUAAGGCUAAAGUAGCCAAACUGAAAGGAUAGCUGACCUAGAGAAUGUUUCCAGCUUGGCUACUUUGACCCGAACUUAGAAAUUUAUUUAGAAAUUUAUGGAUAUUCUCCCAUUAGUAGCAGAACUUCUGGAAGCAAAAGGGAACAGCAUAGAGGGCAUUGAACGUCAAAGCUGUUUUAACACCAUGACUUUAUUUAUUUUUUUUAAAUGGGUUCAUGUCAGAUUGGGGAAAACUCCACAACCGUAUCUUGCCCACAACCUGUCAGUCGCCAAGGAGGAACCAUGUCAAUGUGAUUUUUGAGAUUAGACAGCCAGCUAAUAGUUUGCCUAAGCAGAAACCAGUUAAAACAAGUGGAGUAGUCCUUCGCAGAAAAAUAAAUACGAUUUUAAAGAAGAAAAAAAAAAUCAGGAAUUGCUUCAGAGUCCCAAUAAUUGACCCGAUGGCUUGAUCACCACACAAAGCUGCAGAACUUGGUUAUGUGUACAGAAUAGACAAACUAGAUGUUCUAGAUGCCUUUUCACUUCUUCACCAUCCUCCUCUUGCUACAGUCAUAUAUUCCCUUUUGGCUACUGAAAGGACCAUGGAGAGUGCACACGGCAUAGAUCCUGAAGUUGUAAACAUUCAAUUACAAUCCGAGAAAAUAUCAACUUGUAGUUUUGAAGAGAGGGAUAAAAAGGAUGACCGCUAGUGUAGAUCUGUCCUUGUUGAACCACUUUAUACCAUUUCUCCAAUUGAAAUUUGCAAAAGGUCUUAGUCUGUGUGCAGUCACUCUUUCACUAUUCACACUGCAGCCAAUCCACUCAGUUCUGUCUGCUAUACAUACCCCUGAUCAGAUUCAGAGUUUGAACUAGUUAUUACCCGGAAUCUGAAUAUGGUAUUCGUCUGCCUUAACAGAAGAUCUGUUUGAACCUCUGACUGUCAAUUGAUUGUUUCCUGGAAAGCUACAUUUCUCAUAGCCAUCAUAUCUGCUAAGCAGGUUAAGUUAAAGGUCGUCCUCCUUACUUCCUUUUCAAUUAAAGUAAAGUGGUCUUCGGACUGCUUCCAUCCUUCAGACGUGUUCAGUUCUGCUACUUGGGUUGUAAUCAAGAGCUUAUUUUGUGGCUUUUUCUGUAAAAAUCCUAAUCCGCUUCACAGCAAAUUUUCUCUUUGAAGAAACUUUGUUUAUUUGAACCGAACAUAAUAGUUUCGAAAAUUAGACCACCUUCCCCCUCCGCCCCCCUCGUCCCUCCCUCACACUUAAGUAAAUAAAUAUAUAUAUUAGACUGGCAUUUUUCCAGCGCCGAGGCUACCUCAGCGUAGUUCACCUCCACUCCCUACAUGGUAGUCCUGUCCAAUGCUCCUCAUAGAGGACCUAAUGCGCAUUUGAACUUCUCCAUAGGAAAGCACUGAGUCAAUGCUUUCCUGUGGAGGCUUCCGUGUCACAUAAUCGAGUUAUACUCGGUCAGUGCAGCGGAAGCCCCUCUAGUGGCUGUCAUGCUGCCAGCCAUUAGAAGUGGACUUGACUAGACAGAUUCAGUUCUGCAGAUUAUUAGCCGAUAUUUCUGUUUAUCGAUAUCUGCCUACAAACUCCAGCUGCCACCCAAUAAGGUGUCACAUCGUGACCUCAUGUCGCUCUUCUCCGUGAGUUCAGCUGAAGGCAGUAAUGUGAAACAGUGAAAAAUUAGGCUGAAGGGUGACCAAUAAUCUGCAUCGACUUAACCCUGCAAUGUAAAAAAUUUUUUUAUCUGCAGAGUUUUACAUUGCAGGGUUAAAAGGGGCAAGUACACUGCACCCAGUCCACUUCAAUGAGAUUAAGUGGUGACCAUAGUGUCCCUUUUGUGUCUACAUUUUGGGACUGUCAGUAGAACAAAUUCCCACUCCCUCCUCCAUAUCUUGUAUUUUUGAAACCGAUUAGACUUGCUACUCUCUCUAGAGGCUGCAUUGUGGUGGAAGGUGCUAUUGUGAAUAAUCAAGCCCAUCCUUCUGUUACAUUAAUGAUUUUAAAUUAUUUAUUUUUUUAAAUAUAUAAAAAUCCAGUAUGCUUGCACUCCAGGUGUAAAUGACACUAUUGCCCAGUGCAAAUCCAGCAAGAUUUGUAGGUAUCCAAGUAAACGGAUUGCAAUCCAGGGUCUUUGAAGUUAUAAUAAAAUGUAACUUUUAAUUCAUAUAAAAAAAUAAAAGAAUAUACAUCGUUUAUAUAAUUAAAUAUUUGACAUAUUUGUAUAUUUUAAAAACAUUUUAUACAAAUUGAAAGUAAAAUUUUAUUAUAACUUAAAAGACCAUGGAGUGCAUUCAGUUUACUUGGAUAUAUAUAUAUAUAUAUAUAUAUAUAUAUAUAUAUUUAUUAUUAUUAUUUUUUUAUUUUUUUUGUUCCAUGGAGGAUCAGCAAGGGGUGGUCCAAAUGUUUAAAUAGCAAUUAGGUGCUGUCUGUAAAGCCUCAAACAGAUGCAAGUCCUCUCCUUACUAACGCUAAUUCAAAGAAAAAAGAAACGUUAUGGUGAAUAGAACAGUUUUCUAAUGCCUAUGAAUAUACAUGUUUGUGAUUUAGACAUUAUAUUCAUGCAUAAUGCACUAACCUUCUGGUCCCAACAGGUUAAAGUUUAGUAUUUAAAGGGUUACAGUGAUUUGAACUGGUCAUGGUGCCUGGAGUCUGUGUGUUUAGUGCUUCACUUUGAAAGACUGCACAUACAGAGAUUAAUCCCUUAACUGCUGGGCUGGUUAAUGUCAAUUCUCUGCAACUCUUCUUGCACAGAAUGUCAGUCAUUGGCUAGGAGCAGUCAGUGCUUCUGUAGCUGUGCCUCCCAGCCAAUAAAUGUUGACUGGCACUGCUUCCGUAGCUGUGCAGAAACCCAAAGUGCUUUGCUGGACCACUAGGUAUCAUCAGACAUCGGCGGUGACCCAGGUAAGGGACACACACUGUUGCUAAACGACUUGCUUCAUUACUGGUAAAGUAGGCCAGGUUAUUUCUGGUAUCAUAAUCACUACAACCUGCUGUAGUGGUUACAAUGCUUUAUGUAAUCUUUUAAUUAGUGAUGCCAACAUUCUCUGUAUUUUUGUAUGAUCUGAGCGCUUAGAGACACACUAAGUCAAAUAAACCCUACAGCUUAGUGGUUAUUUUUCAGAGUCUCUGGUGCUUAGAUUUUUUUCAGAUCACUUUGGUGCAGUCUGACAAAAAUCCGCCUUAGCACUCCUAGCACCACAGUCUGGGUUAGACAAAAUUCACUGAAUGCAGAAUCCACAAUUCUGCAUUAUCAGUGUGGCUAAGUAGGUGCUAGAUAGAACUUUAACGUUUUUCUGUCUACUAAUAUUUUGACUUACAAAGAGGGUGGAAACAACCCAGUAAACCUUAACCCCAUAAUUUAAAGCGACACACCAGACCGCUAAAGCACUUUAGCUUGCUUUGUGUGAAGUGUUUUGUUCCUGUUUUCCCCUCCCCACACCCCAUUUGAUGAUAAAACGUACAGAUUUUUUUUUUUUUAACAUUUUGGAAAUGGAGUGUCCCUUUAAUGGGUCAUGUUUGUGGGUGAGUUAGUAUUAAAGUUAAUAUUUAAAAGCAGAAAUAGGAAGGAUCAUCUUCAAUAUACUUUAAAAGAACACAAUAGGGUUAUGAUUUAAGGUUUAAAAACAGUUUAAACACUUUUUUUCUUUUUCCCAGUUUCUGACAUCUGCAAUUGGGAGACACUUAAAGUGACGCUCCAGGCACCCAGACCACUUCUGCCCAUUGGAGUGGUCUGGGUGCCAAUACCCUUAAUCCUGCAAGUGUAAUUAUUUUGGUUUUUAUAAACUACAAUAAUUAACUUGCAAGGUUAAGUCCUCCUUCUAUCAGACAGCCAUAUGCUAUGCAUGAGGACCUCCAGCGUCGCCGGAAUCCCCAUAGGAAAGUAUUGAAUAAUGCUUUCCUAUGGGGAGGUCUAAUGCGUGCCCGCAGCCAUUGCCGCACAUGUGAAUUCGGCAGGGGAGGAGCGUGGGCGGAGCCUGACCCCGCGCCGAUGGACUUCGGCGCUGGAUUCGGGUAAGUCACUGAAGGGGUUUUAACCCCUUCAGCAACAUGGGAUGGAGGGUGGAAGGGAGGGGGCACUGCAGUGCCAGGAAAACGGGUUUGUUUCAUGGAGAGCAUGAGGAUGUCCAGCGUCGAUUCACAGUUCAACUCUGUGUAAAUGCCGGAAGUGCCUCUAGAGGCAAUAGAAGGAGGACUUAACCUUGCAAUCUAAUUAUUGCCUUUUUUCUGAAACUGCAAUCCUUUAUAUUGCAGUAUUAAGGGGAUUGGGAUGCUGAACCCAGACCACUGGGUACUUAUAUGCUUCGUUUCCACUGAGCGGUAUGGUUCGGUAUGCUAUUUUGAGUGUUUCCAUUAUGAAAGUGGCCCAUAGAACCGAACCGCACCAUUCCUGGGCCCCCUUCAGAUGUAGGGUCAUAGGAAAUGGUAUGGUACGGUUAGAGCGGAGCUAAUGGCGUCACACUAUAAAAUUCAUUGAUUGGCGGACAGGAAAAUGUCAAUGCUCACGACAAAUGACACACUAGGCAUUUGGUCUAAACCCCACAUGCCCCCUGGCGAUCCGACUUGUAGUGGAAACGCUCACCUGAAUAGGUUGGACCAUUCUAACCCUUCCAAACUGUACCCUUCCAAUGGUGUCCCUUUAGAUCCGUGAAGUUUUGAUAUAUUCUCAAAUUUAUGCUGAUUUUAAAAUCUGAUAUUACAGCCAUUUUAGAUUCAAUUACCUUACUUUAGAUCUGCCCUGUCAUAUAGAUAUGUGUAAAAAUUUAAAAGCGGUGUGCGUGAGUUAUAAAAGGUAUUUAUAAAAUAUACAAACCACAAAUUGUGUAUGUAUAUGUGCACAUCAUGAAUAAAAUUUAAUUUUUUUCAUUUAAAUAAAUGCCCCCCCAAGCAUAUUGUAUAGCAAAACAGAAAAAAAAUAAUAAUUUUACUACUCUGCUACACAUUUUCUUGUUCACCAUGUGCAAAUUUUGCACACCGUCUGUUGUUCUCCCAGGGCCUUAACUAUUGCAAUCUGGGUGUGCUGUUGACACUUCUUCCAAUGUGGGAAAAUGGACUGCAUGAUUUAUGAAAGUGGAUUCAUGUAAAUUUGUAUUCAAUUGAUGGGGCAAUGUUUCAAAUUUACGAUGUGUAAAACUGACAGGCUUGAUAGAAGGCCGGGCUGAAAGAGAAAUGUAGCUUUUUAAAAUGUUUGUAUAGCAGCUAUAUAUUGAGACAAACUCAAAGCUUGCAUAGAGCAUAGGUUAGCUCACUGUCUGAGCUAAGCGUAGACAUCAGCUGACACUCUCUGCCAAUGAGCUAGGACUUACAUGGGGUGGGGAGUCCCAGGGCACUCCUGGCACCGUUACCUCUACAGUUGCUGUAGUGAUUAUGGUGCUUGGAUCUGUCCAUUAAUUCUGGUCUCCCUCAGCUAUGCUGUAAAAGUUCAUAUUCACUUCUGAAAUGUCCAGCCAGCAACUGUAACUAGUUCAAAUAGUUCUAGAAUUUUUUUUUAGAGGUGAUGUAAUACUUUUUUAUUUUAUUUUUUAAAUACAUGGAAAAUUCAAUUUAAAUUAAAAAAUUUAAUUAGACAAAAACAAGUUACUUGCUUCAUGGCGAUUUUAAUGGGAUCCACAGCUUGAACCUAGGGGACUCCCAUUACUUAAAUGAAAUAUGUGGCAAUGCUGCCAUGUACAGCAAAUGUGUACCUACAGAUUCAACAUAUUGCUAGCAAUCCAAUGUUAUGAAGCCAAAAGCUGGAAAUAUUCUAAAACACUGUGUGUUAUGUGGGCUGUGAGCAGUAUGAGUAAUGGCGUAGUGGCAGUUCUAGUGUGUAUGUGUGAUGGUAUGCCUAUUUAAGGUGCAGUGUAGAAGUGUUUAUCACUGUAGAACACCGUGAGCAGUGUGUGUCCCUAUGCAGCAAGAAGCAUGUCUGUGUAGUUUUGCAUGGUGCGUUUUGACUUAAACUGAUUGUAUAUAUUUUACAUAGAUUUCAAAAAAUAUUUAUAUUUUUUUAAUCUAUGUACUUUUUAGAAUGGCCUGCAAUUGCUAUAAUUAUUCCAGCAUUGGUAACUAGUAAGCUGUACAUAGCAACAUGUUUUUUUUGUUUUGGUUUUUUUCUUCUUUUCCAAGACUGUAUUGUUGUUAAAGAUUUGUGUGUUCUUUUUUAAUAAAAGAUGCUUUGUUUGCAGGGUAUAUUAUCAUCCCAAAACCAAGCCAAUUCUCCAAGUGGGACUGUAGUAUAGCCAUCACACUACUGCCUGCAAAACAUACACCACAAGACCAGAAUGACCGAUGAUCCACAAGCUGUUCGUCAGCCACAGAACAUCCUAAUAAAAAUGUCAGAAUGUACAUUUUUGGAAUUCUGUUAAAGAAAUCUUAUAAAAGGAAAAAGAAAAUUACACAGUGAAAGAAAAAAAAAAAUCAAUCUUAUUUAAGUAAUGUUGGCUACUCGCCUAAAAAAAUCCCUUAAAAAACAAAAAAAACUUCCUUAGGCGUUACAGUGGAAUAAUUAGUACAUUCAUUCCUUUUUGCUUUAUACUUUUCAAGUUUAAUGUAAUUUAAUCUUUAUAAAUAUAUAGUGUAAAAUAAAGUAUGUUUAUUGAGAAUCCCCUUUCCCCCGUAAUUUUAGAUGGUUAUUAAAAAUUAAUUCACCAUUGUGUGUAUUGCACUGAUUUAUUUUGUUUUAACCUGCAAUGGUAGGAGGCCUGGAAUGCACUUGACAAAGACGGUCAUUAUUUUCAUGGCUUGAAAUGUAAUUCAGGAAGAUGGAAGCUGCAAUCUUAGCAAAUUUUUUUUUUUUUUUUCAUUUUGUUUUUAUAUUAAUAUAAAAAUGUUGCACUUAAAUGCUAGUAGAGAAAUUACUUUUAAAUGGGUGUACAAAUUUCCCAGGAAAAAUUAAACAAAAAAAAAAAAAACACAAAAUGUUGUGGAGAGAAAUAUCCUUUGUAUCUAUUAAACAUUUAUUUUAAUAUUGUGGUUUCUAAUUGCUCUGUAUUAUAUGUGUAAAUAAUGUAAUUCAAUUGGUGGGACGAGGGGGUCAUUACACUAGCCGUUUUCAUUAUAUGAAAAUAGUGAUUUCUAAUUAAACAAAAUACUUAUUAAUAUUAAAGUAUUGCAUAUGCUGUCUUUGUUUUAAUUGGUCAGAUCAGAAUUUUGCUGUGCUCAAACCUGUUGUGUGUAAAGAAAAUUUUAAUAUAUUUUUUUCCCCUUUUUCAGUAGGAAACCCUACGAAUUAAAAGGCUAUUAUUCCUCCUUAGCAAACAAUUAUUGGUUAGUGAUCUGUUGUGAAAAACAUAGGGCCGUAAUCUAAAAUUGUAUUUAAUCGUAUGCAAUAAAGUUAACAUUUGCAACCUAUGUUUUUAUAAUUUUGAGUUGGCAAAAUUCCAUAUCUAAUGGACUGACAGUU